CCCCCAAUUGACAAACCCUAGACUGGGCGACUCACUCUCCCUCGAUUGUCUCCUUCAUCGUCACCUUCUUCACCUUCUCCACCAAAUCAAACCCAGAAAUCUCCAAUCCUCGAUUGUCUUCUUCAUCUCCACCUUUUCUUCAUUCUCCUCCCGCGAAUCAUGACGAAACCGCAGUGUAAGAAGAAGAAAGGAAAGACGACGCAGCAGACGCCACCAACGCAAAUCGACGGAACAGUCGGAGAAGACCUCCGUCUCCCACCCAGAUUAUUCGCAACUGAUAGGUUCCCCGUCAGGCGACUCAAUAUCUACUCCUCGCCGGAGAUUCUGCCGUUCAUUCGCCAUGUUCUCCGAGGUACUCCGGAGUUCGAUACUAUUCGCCAGUCACCUUUUGGGAAGCUUUUCGACAUCCCUGCCCGCCAAGCUCCAGUUUCCUGUAAGAUGAUUCAUUCCUUCCUCUCGCGUCAACUUCUAUGUCUUCCAGAACACACGCUCUGGACGGCUUUUGGUGGGAAGCCUCUCCGUUACGGUCUCCAAGAGUUUGGUACCGUCACCGGCUUAGACUGUCGGCCCUUCCCGGAAGGGUAUCACCCAGACAUUGCUAAAUCUGUUGUUCCUGGCAAAGACAACGUAUGGAAAAGAGUUAUUGGCAAGAAGAAGACCAUAACGAUUGCGGAACUAUGUCGUAUGCUCGAAACAGGUCACAAGAUGUCUCAAUGGAGGAAGAUACGACUUGCGUUGAUUAUCAUCGUCGACGGCGUCCUCAUUGCUCACCAGCAAGAAGCACGCCCUACUCCUCGAUAUGUCAGUAUGCUUGAAAACCUGGAAACCUUCUUUGCUUUUCCUUGGGGUAGAGAGUCAUUCCUAAAAACCAUCUCUUGCAUGAAACCACCAAAGUUUCUGAAGAAGAAGAAAUGUCUCGAUCCUGUUGGUACAUUAGUCCUUAAGCUCAAGCAGGACAGUUUUAGACUUCAAGGAUUCCCACUCUCAUUACAAUUGGUGGCAUUCCGCGCCAUACCACAGCUGCUCUCUUAUAUCCCGGCUCCAACUGACCAAAAGACACUAAUGGACAUGGAGGGUCCUCAUCUACCACAACAUCCAUCCAUCAAUUCAAACGACAUGUUCCGAGUGGAAUUCGCCACCGAUGUAAGUCAAUUGUUCCUCUUGAAUCUUUACAUUUUCCUCUACAAAGCAGUUCUUUAUUUUGUUGUGUUUUGUUGUGUUCCGCUUGCAGCUUCAAGUUACACCGAUGAUCCCCAUCCAGAGCCAACCACAGCCAGGCUGGGGAGUGUGGCCAAACGACCCUAACGAUGAUCGUGUCAGAUAUUUGGAACAGUUGAUAGAUGACCACCACUCUUUCAACAAAGCAAUGUGGCCAGGUGGAGUUACAUCGUUGCCCCUCAAUGUGGCGCCCAAGACUCGGUGUAAACGUCCUGGGAACAAGGAGUCUGUUAGACUAAAACAAUCUCUCAAGCCAAAACCGGUCAUCAACAAACACACCUCUGACAAGAAGCAAAGGCGUAUAAGUUCCUAUUUCACACGUUCCAGUACAACUAGCCUCAGCAAUGAACAGCUCACGAAGAUGGUCAUUGAACUACAAAGGGGGAUGAAGCAGCUGCACCAACUAAUAAAAAGGAAGAAGAAACGUUCUCAUGGUAGACAAUCAUCGUUUCACACACUACUUAACCGUGGCAAGAAGCCAGACACACCUCAAAACACUGAUAAUCCGGAACCCUCGUCUCGCAACGACAGACCCAAUGAUCAGGUUCUCUUAAUUUGAUCUCUCUCACUCAUCCAAUGAACUAUUAUUAGAUUCAACCAAAGGCUACCAAAAUCUUUGUUUGAUCAAAACUUUUUUUUCUGAACUCUAGGACGUUCUUGCAAGGGAUACAGAUGAGUUUCCUCAAAGGCAGUCCCCUAUCAGUCAAUAUGAAGCUCAGCCUGAAGCCUUUCCUCUCCAUGAUGCAGCUCCAAAGGAUCAGGUACAAUUUGGUUAUAUUAACUCCUACUAUUACGUUACAAACGAGAUGUAUGAAUGUUAAUGCUUCUAUCCAUUGUCUAUUUAAGGAUGUUGGCGCCAUGGAGACAGAUGAGUUACCACUAAGCCAGUCUCCCAUCAUCAGUCAAUAUGGAGCUCAGCUACACCGCUAUUCCACCCAAACCCUCAACGACCACACUCCUGUCCACACACCAGCUGUCCACCCACAAGAUGUCCACACAUCUCCUGUACACCACCAAGAAACUGAUCAGGUUGGCUCCAUGGAGACAGAUGACACUGAGAUGAACACUACUAACCCAAAUUCCCCAGCCUGGCUAGAGGUAACUCCAAAACGCUACAACUUCUCCAAUCCAAACACAAACUCUGCUAUCUACGACAAAAGUGAACACCCCAACAGCCCACCCUUUAAUCACGUCCUCCUUCAUGGUGUCAGGAUCUACGACCCUCUCAGCCCAGACCCACCCUCCCCAGGACCUAAAUAUGAUUCCUCUUUACCUCCAUCUUCUCCUUUACGCAAUACUCUCCUACUCUCUCCAGAGCCUGUAACACCGCUAACUUCCCCCAAUAAGAGUAAUGAUUCAUUGUCAGGUUUUGCCGUUCAUGCCUCCACAGUCAAUGCUUUCCAAGCAACAGCUUCCUCCCACUCUCCACCUUGCAUAGGCACUCAGUUAGCUGUAUACAAGGUAUUGUCCACACCUCACUUAACAAACAUUUACUCGUUUCCAAAACAUUUAUCUUUUGUUUUUCUGAUUUCAGGGACAAGAAUCUCCAUCUUCUCCUAAGCUUAUGGUUAACGAGGUAACAUCUCACCUACCUUUAUAACAUCUCAAGUACCUUCACGUUUCAAACCCCUUACUUAUGUGCAAGCUAUUUAUUGUCGGGGUGCAAUUUGUUUUACAGGAACACCUCCGACAAGACGGUUUUGUCGACCUAACCCACACCAAGGACACCCCGAGGCACGUUCCAUCUAUGGAGGAGAACCAUCUAGCGAAGGAAUUAUUCAACUGUCCAGAUAUUCCGGCACGUACCCUCAUCACACCACUUCCACAGAUACAAUGGGAUCUCUUCUUCAAAACACUUUCCGCCAACCAAAACGUGUAAGUUAUGCGUAAAAACUCACUAGACUGAUAUUGAUAAGUAUGCGUUACACACGCCCAUUGCCUGAUUGCUACUUAUUCCUCAAACCUUUGUCUCAUGUAGGUUCCACGUUACCCCGUCCACAUUCGACUUUUCUAACAAAUUCCUGCUCGACCUGGCGCAACCACGGAAAUGGACAACAACCUACGUAAGAGCUUCUCACUUUUGAUAUUGUCAAGAAUUAUAUCCGCAUUAUUCCCAACUAACCAUCACUCUUAUAUCAGCAUUUGGAAAUCCUUACCCACAUGCUCGCUGCUAGACACUCCAACCAUCUAGCUAUUGAAAAAGCAGCUUUCAACUCACCCUUCCUAGCGGCAUGCAUCCAGGAGAAUUGGAAUACAUUCAAGGGAUCCAGAAAGAAAGCGACCUUUGUCUGGGACGAGCGCCUUGUGGACAUUGUCAUGCACCCUGGUCAGAAAUGGAUGGAAGAUAUCCACACCAUCUACACUCCUAUGAUUUGGAACGACUCUCACUGGGUGGGUCUGGCUAUCAACCUCGACAUGGGGUAUGUCGAAAUCCUUGAUCCUAUGCCAGCUUUGUAUGCAGAUAAGCGCGUCGAGCGCUUCAUGCUAGGUUUGGUUACUACACUUCCUUACCUUGUCAAGAAAGUUGCAAUGUGUGAGCUCACUCAAUUCAGCGGACUCAAGAAGUUUGUUUGGAAGCGGGUUCCAGGUCUUUACCAGAAUACGCGCUCAGGUGAUUGCAGCCCCGUCAGCAUGAAGUUUCUUGAGAUGCAUGCCCAUGGUGACCCAAUCCAUCACAUGGAGAGCCUAACAGACAAAGCAGUUGACGACAUAAGGAAGCAGUACGCUCUGGACAUCUACAAGACUAUUGUCAUGCCAUCUUACUAUGCUCUCCGCUUGCCUUUAGCCUAAGUAUCUCUUCUUAUAAAACGUUGUUCGACUUACUCCUACCUUUUGUGUAACAUAUGGGAGUUUAGGACCUGUUGUUUUAUGUUUUGGGUGCGAUGCUUGCCACUUUCGGGCAAGAAACUACAUACGCUGUGCUUACUUAAUGUUUAAACUUUAAGUUACGGAUAACAUGCCUUCUCAUUUACUCUUCUAAUUAUUGUCUAUAUCAUCACUCUCAAUUAUCCACAACCACAUCAAUUUGUCCUGUCCACGUCCACACGUUCAAAUAGUGAGUUUCGGAAUCAUUUAAUAUUAUAAAAAAACAAUAAUAAUUAUCCAAGAUCUUUAUGAUUUUUCUUUAAAAUCAUUCUACAAUACCCGGUCCGCCAUUUCUAAUUCAUUUGGUCGAAUUUUGUCGCUCAAUUAGGUGACCGCAUCGCUUUUCUUUUCUCAAUUAAGGGUAUCCGCCGCCACUGCUUAUCAACCACCCACCAGCCAUGAGCUCCAACAGCUCUUCAUCUCGUUCCGUUCAACGCAGAUCAACAGUUGGCAUACCUACUCGCUGCUGGUGUGGAGCCAAUCUAACAACCUACGCCGCCGAAACGAAGGAAAACCUAUACCGGAGAUUCUACAGAUGUGAAAUUGCCGUUCAGGUAACUCGUAACUAUUGUUCUUUUUUGUCAUCUCGUCUGCAUCCCAAAUUAAUUUUUUCCUGUCAACAGAGGAAAUCAGAACACCACUUGUUCAAAUGGGUUGAUGAGGCUUUUGUUGAUGAGAUAAACAAUCUAGAUGCAAAAAGAUGUCAGCUACAGGCCGAGAUUGAGUCUUAUAAGAGGUCGACGACACUACGCUUUCAAGCACAAGACAAACACAUCGAAGACGCCCUCCUGGAGAUGAGAAAACUUAUCGACGAGCAAAGUAAGCUUAUGGCUGCCACAAUAUCAACUACUACUAUUGACAAGUCCAAUCAUUGCACCGCUGGUACCAAACCUCAUUAUCCCGUUCUCAACAUUGGAGCUGCUGCCAUUGCAUUGGGAACAAUGGCAUGGCUAUAUGUCAAGCUCACCACCUGAACUCCAAUUCAUAUGCACUUAAUGUAACACAAAACCCUUGUCGUAAUCUCUUUCAAUCAUCAAGACUCUGUUCUAUUCUUGCUCUCUUUAUUUCAAACUAUAACUUGUUUCGGUUCUAUAUGUUGAUCUUAUCAUGUUGUAAGAUAUGGGAUAUGUAGAAUCCUUUCCUUUCAUCUAUUUCUACUUGUCAAGUAAACGAGCGCAAUCAUCCCAUCUAAACAACACACGGCAAUCAGCAACUGCUCAAAUUAUAAACACCAGCAUCACUUUUUUAACUGACUACAACUGUCACAAAUCUGCAAACUAAGCAUAAACACUACUGUCCAUGUCCACAAGGCAAGGGACUAAAUGUGCUGCGAUUAGAAAAUCUAAAAUAAAUUCACCUUUUUAAAAGAAAAUUAUAGGUUGCUUUGUUCUUCAAUCCCGAUAUCUCAACAAACCAAAAUCAAUAGUUGAGUAAAGACAACAUAGCUUCAGAACAAACA